AUGACCCGCGCCUCCCGCUUGCUGCGCGCCGCCGUAACCGCCGCCUGGCGCCUGCCCACCUUCGCGCCCAACCCCCCCUGCCCGCGCGGCAUCCCAUCCCCCGCCCGGCACCCGCGCCGCCGAUUGGUUGCCCCGUGCAUCGGGCGGCCUGCUGGGAUCGCCGGCGGGAUGGCCGACGAUCGCGGGCUGCUGGACGAGCUGGAGGAGAUGCUGGCCCCGGAGGGAGGGGAGGGAUGGGCCGGGAGGGCGUCGCUGGCCGCGGAACUGCGGCGGCUGGCGGAGGCCUGUGAUGCGGCUGAGGACGGCGGCGAGGCGGCAUCGCACCUGCUGGUUGGCAUGGAAGAUGAGGCCAAUCGCCCCUCCAAGAGGCAGCGCAGGCAGCGAGGAAGGCCAUUUUCGAUGUCAAAAUAUCGCACUCGGUUCAUUGCACUGAAGAUCAUAUAUUUAGGUUGGAGGUACCAUGGUCUUGCGGCCCAGGCACACAUGAACCAAACUGUUGAGGCAGAGCUCUUUUACGCUCUUCGAAGGACCCGCCUGAUCGCGGAAGAUGCAGACUCGAAGAGUGUGUUCUAUUCCCGCAGUGGCAGAACAGACAAGGGUGUUAGUGCGCUGUGUCAGGUCGUGUCGCUGUGUGUCCGAUCGAAAGGGGAUGCUGAAGGGCCAGAGGUGGAUGUCACGGAUGAGCUCGAUUACCCUGCGGUGCUGAACAGCUGCCUCCCGCCAGAUAUACGUGUGGUGGGCUGGACGCCAGUGGACAAGGACUUCAAUGCGAGGUUCGAUGCAAAGUACAGGGAGUACAAAUACUUCAUUGUAUCACAGCGCCACUCACCUCUGGACGUUGCAGCGAUGCAGCAAGCAGCAGGACUCUUCUGCGGGACACAUGACUUCCGGAAUUUCUGCAAGGUGAACAUUGAAGCCAUGAAGAACCAUGUGAGGGAGGUGAUGGAGUGCCGAGUGGAACCCUUGGCACUGCCUGAAUGGGGUGACCGGGACUUUCACGUCCUCACAGUCCGGGGUACAGGCUUCUUGUGGCACCAAGUGCGCUGCAUGGCCGCUGUCCUCCUGAUGGUUGGCCAGGGGCUGGAGGGUCCAGAAACAGUCCAGAGGAUGCUGGAUGUUCGAGAUGUCGCAGGGAAACCAUCUUACGCAAUGGCUUCUGAGAUUCCGCUCGUCCUGACCAACGUCGGCUACGAGCCCAACCUGCAGUUCAUACAGUCCCGCCUCGCAGACUCCAGGGUGUACACGUCCAUGCAGGACAUCCUGGACAGGAGCCUGAUCGGCGCGGUGCUGGUCCAGCACACGCUCUCCAGCCUUGCAAACUUCGGGCCCGGCGCCAAGGACGCGCCCUCGCGCUUCUUGGGGGCCCACGCCCCGCUUCUUGACCGCCAGAGGGAAGCUUCAGUGGAGGAGAAGCUGCGGCAGGAAGAGGCCAAGAGGGAUGCGCGCGAGGGGGAGGUUGGCGGGGAGGGGGCUGACGGAACAGCUGGAGAAGGAAGCGGGUGCACAGAAGAGGAGCAAGAUAAUGUGGCCACGGCAUGA